CGUCAUUAGAAGGAAGGAAGAUGGCGACAAAACAGCACCAGAAAGACGGAACAACAACAAUGUUUUGGUUCAUGGUCGCUGUUGUUGGCCUCUGUACGGCUGAGGUCAACUUCAUACGAGAUGACCUCCCGUUUGAGUUUGAGGCACGUGACGGCCCUUGUCAGCAGCCCAAGAAGGUUGGAAAGUGUAAGGCUGCUUUUCCCAAGGUGUUCUACAACAGCCAGACUGGCCAGUGUGAGGACUUCAUCUAUGGCGGCUGUGGCGGUAACGACAACAACUUUGAAACCAUGGAGGACUGUGAGAACACUUGUGGAUCUGGGAAGAGAGAAGCUCUUGUGAAGAGAAGUGUUGAGACUGUGGACCAGGACAUCUGCAGUCUGGAGCCUGACAUCGGGCCCUGUCGUGCCAUCUUCACAAAGUGA